AUGAGCUCUUCGGAGGAGGACGUGCCGCUCGUGCGCGCCAAUGGGCGUGGUAUAGCUACUCCGAAGCCUACCAAUACCACAAUGGACAAUUCCAGCCCUCCACUUACGAAUGGCCAUGUCGACCCCGGAGUUUCCAUCCGAUUCGGCCCUGUGGAAGACGAGGAUGUGAAGAUGGAAGAUGAAGAAGAUGACGUUCUUACCGCCGGCAAGCGCAAGUCGCGCACUAGCGUGGGCGGAAUGAAGUCCUACGCAGAGGCGGAAAGCAGUGAAGAAGAUGAGCCUUUGAGCAAGCGCCGACGGACUUCCGUCAAGCAUGAAGACCCCGAAACCGAUGACGACGUGCCUCUAGCCCGUAACGGACGGAAACUACCAAAAGCUUCCGAAACAGCCAUCGGGGAAGAAUCCGAUUCCGACGUUCCCAUCGAACGAAAACUCGCCGCGCAAAAGAAAAAAAUCGAGCUAACGGCCGAAAAAGAUGCGCGCAAAUUGGCUGCAGCCAAGAAAGAAGCCAAGCCUACGGCAGCUAAGAAGGCCACCAACGGCGUCAAGAAAGAACCGGCCGCUAGCAAGGCUGCCCCUAAGAAGGUGAAGGCCGAGCCUGCUGCCGCCAAGAAGGGCAAGGCCAAGGCCACCUCAGUCAAGGCAGAAAGCCAGGAUGCAGAAGACAAGGAAGAAGAGGAAGACGAAUACCGAUGGUGGGAAGAUCAGAGCAAGGGCGAUGGCACCAUCAAGUGGACGACGCUGGAACACAAUGGUGUUGUCUUCCCCCGGAAAGUUGCCAGCUUCUUUGGAACUAUGCUCAACUCAGCCCACAACGUGGAAAAUCCCGUUUUCCAAAAGAACUUCUUUACCGACUUCAAAGAUAUCAUCAAGAAGUCCGGUGGAGCGAAGGACCUCAAGGGCAACAAAGUUGACAUAAAAGAAUUUGCGAAAUGCGACUUCAAAGACAUUUUCAAUUUCUAUGAAGCUCAGCGCGCCGAGAAGCGCGCAAUGUUGCCGGCCGAGAAGAAGGCUGCUAAGGCUGAAAAAGAUGCGCUCGAGGCACCCUUCCAGUAUUGUAUUUGGGAUGGCCGCAAGCAGAAGGUGGGCAACUUCCGAGUUGAGCCUCCCUCUUUGUUCCGUGGACGUGGAGAGCACCCCAAAACCGGUCAUGUCAAGACGCGCGUGCAGCCCGAGCAGAUCACAAUCAAUAUUGGAAAAGAUGCCAAGGUUCCUGCGCCUCCUGAGGGCCACCGCUGGAAGGAGGUCAAGCACGACCAAGAAGGAACAUGGCUUGCCAUGUGGCAAGAAAACAUCAACGGCAACUACAAGUACGUUAUGUUGGCUGCUAACUCCGAUGUCAAGGGUCAGAGCGACUACAAGAAGUUUGAGAAGGCUCGUGAACUCAAAAAGCACAUCGAGAAGAUCCGAAAGGAUUACCAGAAGAACCUGAAGAACGAGAUGAUGGUUGAGCGCCAGAAGGCCACAGCUGUUUACCUUAUCGAUCAAUUCGCUCUGCGUGCUGGUAACGAGAAGGGUGAGGAUGAGGCUGAAACUGUUGGUUGCUGUUCUCUCAAGUAUGAGAACGUCACGCUGAAGCCACCCAACACCGUUGUUUUCGAUUUCUUGGGUAAGGAUAGUAUUCGUUUCUACGAUGAAGUACAGGUCGACCUGCAGGUCUUCAAGAACUUGAAGAUCUUCAAGAAGGCACCCAAGAAGAAUGGCGACGAGAUCUUCGAUCGACUUACGACAUCCGCGCUCAACAAGCAUCUUGCCAACUACAUGACUGGUUUGACCGCCAAGGUGUUCCGUACUUACAACGCUUCUUACACCAUGGGCUCUGUGCUCAAGGAGAUCAAUGCAACUGGUCUUACCGUUGCGGAGAAGGUUAAGGCAUACAACGAUGCCAACCGUAAGGUCGCCAUCCUGUGUAAUCACAAGCGCACUGUUACUGCUGGCCAUGCCAAUGCCAUGGAGAAGAUGGGCGAACGGAUCAAGGGACUUCGAUAUCAGAAGUGGCGUCUGAAGCAAAUGAUGCUUGAUUUGGAUCCAACUUUGAAGAAGAAGAGGGGCGCAUCUUUCUUUGAGAUCGAUGAAGAUCUUGAUCAAGAAUGGAUCAACGAGCACCAGGCCUUCUUGAUUGAGGAGCAACGAACCAAGGUCAACAAGAAGUUCGAGAAGGACAACGAGAAGCGGGUCGCCGAUGGCGAGAAGGAGAUGAAAGCGAGUGAGCUCGAAGAACGCCUACAGUCCGUCAAGGAUAUGGAAAAGAAGUUCAAGAAGGAGAACAAGACCGGCAAGGUCGAAGCGGAGGCCCGCGGUGCCUCAGUCGAAAAGCUCGAUGGUCAAAUCGCGAAAAUCGACCAGCGUGUUGAGACCAUGUCCGUUCAGGCCCAGGACAAGGAGGAGAACAAAGAAGUUGCUCUGGGUACCUCGAAAAUUAACUACAUCGAUCCUCGACUCACUGUUGUCUUCAGCAAGAAGUUCGAUGUCCCCAUUGAGAAGUUCUUCUCGAAAGCCCUGCGCGAGAAGUUCGAGUGGGCCAUCAAGUCCGUGGAAGAGGAUUGGGAAUUUUAA